UCUCCACCCCUCCCUCUUUCUCUCACACACACACACACACAUUUUAUCUCUCUCCCUCCCAUCACACACAACUCAUUGCCCUCCUCCUGCCGGGAUGGUGGACAACGUGUACCGGACCCGCUCCCUCGGCGUGGCGGCGGUGGGGCUGCCAGACCAAUACGCGGACGGCAAAGCGGCGAAAGUGUGGCAGCUGUACAUCGGCGACACCCGGAGCCGGACAGACGAGUACAGGAACGCCGUGGUCCAGUUGUUACGGCAGCACAAGUGCCAGCGAAUCCUAGACGUGGCUUGUGGCACCGGAGUGGACUCCAUUAUGCUGCUGGAGGAAGGCUUCACCCUGGUGAGUGCGGACGCCAGUGACAAAAUGCUGAAGUACGCCCUGAAAGAGCGGUGGAACCGACGGAAGGAAGAGGCGUUUGAUAAAUGGGUCAUUGAAGAAGCCAACUGGUUGACAUUAUCCAGGGACAUCCCCAAGCCCGGCGAUGGUUUUGAUGCCGUGAUUUGUUUGGGAAAUUCAUUCGCUCAUUUGCCGGACUUUAAAGGAGACCAGAGUGAUCAGAAGUUGGCGUUACAUAACAUCGCCAGCAUGGUGAAACCGGGCGGAAUAUUAAUCAUUGACCAUCGGAAUAACGACGCCAUCCUCAAGACAGGCCACGUUCCGCAGGGCAAGAAUAUAUACUACAAGAGUGACCUGACGAGUGACAUCAGCACCUCUGUACUCUAUGUGAACAGCAAGCCGCACAUGGUCACGUUGGACUACACCUUGCACUUGCCCAAUGAGGGGGACCAGCAACCAGACGUGAGCACCUUCCGCCUCUCCUACUACCCUCACCGCCUGGAAGGCUUUACCGAGAUGCUGAAGGGGGCUUUCCAGGGCAAAUGUCAGCACUCCCUGUACGGUGACUUCAAGCCCCACUGCCCCGGGCAAGACACCCCUUGCUACUACAUCCACGUGGUGAAGAAGACCGGCUGAGCGGUCGCUGUGCCGUCCCACCAAGUGUGAGGGGGAGGAGGACACACGAACGCGGGAAAAUACCGGAAGGCGACAGAAUAUUGGACAACACCGCGCGCUCACCGGGCAAGGGCAACCCAAGCGACAAAGAGCACAAGGGGAUAAUGGA